GAUGACAAAAAGCAGAAGGAUCAAGAGUCAGAAGGAUCUGCCCCGCCACCUGCGAUACCAGCUCCGGUACCGGCCGCAGCUCAACCUCCACCUCCACCCAUUGACCCGGUUGAUGAAGGUGGUGACAAUUAUGAAGACGUGAACAUUGGUGGUGGAGACGCACCUCCACCAGCUUAG